AUGAGCACAGGUCAUUUCUACCUUCUUACUGGUUGGCAUCCUAUUUGUCCCAAUUGGUCUGGCAUCGCUUUCUGCGUCACAAGAGUUGGGUUCAUUCAGGACACUAAGACGGACAAAUCAUGCACAAGAACUCUAACUGUGCCGAAGCAUAUGAAGAGCCCAAUUCAAAUAUAUUACCAGAUCGGUGACUUCUAUCAAAACCAUCGACGGUACGUGAAAAGUCGCAGUGAUAAACAAUUGUGGUAUAAAGAUGCUGCACACUUGACAAAAGAUUGUGAGCCUGAAGUUUAUGGUGCUGAUGGUGCUCCAAUCGUUCCAUGUGGCCUCGUUGCUUGGAGUUUGUUCAAUGAUACAUAUACAAUUUCAGUCAACAAGAAAGCUAUUGAAGUGAAUAAAAAGGAUAUAGCUUGGCAGAGUGACAAGAACAAAAAAUUUGGCAGUGAUGUUUAUCCCAGAAACUUUCAGAACGGAAAUCUUAUAGGUGGUGCUAAGCUAAAUGAGAGCAUACCGUUAAGUGAGCAAGAAGAUCUCAUUGUUUGGAUGAGAACUGCUGCCCUCUCAACUUUCAGAAAGCUCUAUGGAAGAAUUGAGACAGAUAUUAUGGAAAAUGAUCAACUCACAGUGGUUAUACAGAACAACUAUAACACAUACAGUUUUGGAGGGUCAAAAGCACUGGUCCUUUCAACUACAUCUUGGAUUGGAGGCAAAAAUAAUUUUAUUGGUGUCGCAUAUUUGACUGUUGGUGGUUUUUGCCUUUUUCUUGCACUGCUUUUUGUAGUUCUCUACAUGAUUAAGCCAAGGACUCUUGGAGACCCCUCAUUCUUGUCAUGGAAUAGGUGUACCCUGGACUAUCCAAACUAA